AAAAAAAUAAAAAUUCAUUAGGUCAAGUGACAGCAGCUGCAACUACAGCUUUUUCAGUCUCUCACAUUGGACUUUCGGGGUUCAAACCUUGUGCUAAAAUCUGCAGGAAGAUAGAGGGAUGGCCUAUGGUACUGUUGAUAAUCUCUUGAAAUGUCUGGAUUCUCUAGAGAGUCAUGAAGACUCAACUCCUUCAAUGAAGGAUCAAAUCCGUACUCUUAGAGCGGAUUUAAGGGUUAUCAGGACUUUCCUUAUGUGUUCAGCUUGUCGAUGCAUAGAGGAUAGUGAUGCAAAAGAUGUAUUGAUGCUUGUGGAAGCUCUGGUGCAAAAUCUGGAAUCAGAUUUUCAAUCUCUCUAUGUUAAAAAUAUGGAUGGAAACAUGCCUACUCACAUGGCUCUACUGGUUUCUAAUGCCUUGGAAAAGAUUAAUAAUUCGAAAGCAGAAGUUACACAAGUCUAUGCAACUGUUUUGAGCUCAACAUUUUCUGAUUCACUUAUUUGUGACAAAUUUGUGGUGGAAUUUGCUGAUUGUCUCCUGGAAAAUCUAAAGGAUCUAAGGGAAUGUAUAGCAACUGAUUUGCGUAUGAAGGGGAAAAUUAUAACUCUUGAAACAAAGCUAAUAUUCCUGAAGAAUUUCUUAAGGUUUGUAGCCAAGCUGUCUGUUGAAAAUGAGAAAUUUCAAGAUCUCUUUUCUCAUGCAUCAGAUGUGAUCAGCCAUGCAGCACAUCUAUCUUAUAGGUGUUCUAUUGGCAACGCAAGUGAACCAGCUGAAUGCAGAGUUGUUAAUGAUGCCAUUUCCAGUUUGGUUCGACGAAUCAUUCCUAUCAACUGUAAUGUCAUUCAUUACUAUAUUCCCUGUCAGAAGAACACUUUCGUAGUGGAAGAACUUGAUGCCGGUUUUCUUGAUUUUCUCCUGGACACUCUUACAGAUCUAGUUAACUAUAAGAUCACCCUGGAGGGUUUUACGAACUAUAAUAUCAAUGGCCUUGUUGAGGACUUGAUGUUUCUGAAAAAAUAUCUCUCAGAUCUUCCAGAGCGGUAUCCUGAGUUGGUAAAGUUGAUCCUGGUGCACAUUGCAUCAAUCGCCCGUAAUAUUGCUACCUCGAUUUUCUUCCUUUACACAGAUCGUGUGAAAAAAGAAGUUGUAGUACGGGGCGCCUUGGAUUUUUGCAGGAAGAAAUCAAGCUUAUCAUGGCAGAAAUACAUCUCAUGUGUCUCCCAGGACCUAGGUGGAUGACUACUUUGAAGGAUCGAAUUCAAAUUCUUUAUGAGGAAGUAGUGUUUCUGCAAGCUCUCCUUAAUGCACCAGAUGACUGCCGUUCUCUUGGAAGUGAACUAAAUGUUUUGUUCACCCAAGGACAGGCUACAGUAUCGAUGGUCGGAUCACUUAUUAUGUCACUCAGUAAUAAGGUAUCGAAUGAAGACAUGCUGAACAAAAUGGAGUUAGCCACUUCUAUUUUUCUAGAAAGAACUAGAAUCAUGAAGAGAGUGGCCAGAGAUAUUUUUGAAAGAGGUCCAUCUAGAUUCCCCAAGACUAAUGACAUAGGCUUUCUCAAUUCCUUUUUAGGAAAUCUGAAAGAACUCCUCCUUCAUAAAGCUGAUCGGGUUCCUUUCCCCAAACAUCAUAUUGCAAGAGUGCAUGACGCAUUAGAGUAUCUCAAGACGAAUCUCUGGGAUGUUGUCAAGCAGAACAACGAGCAACUGAAGGCACGUGUUAUGCAAUCCGCCUAUGAGGCGGAAUAUGCUAUUGACUCAUUUUUAGUUGGGGACCGAAAUAUAUGGUGUAGUGUGGUUGAGAUGUCUGAUGUUGUAGAACAACUUAAGGCGAUCCAGGCAGAGUUCAGUGACAUAUCUAGAACAGUAACAUUUGAAGCGGUUUGUGAUGUUCGAGUGGUUUCUGGCUGUGUAUUAUCCCGAACUAAUGCUCCAAUGUUGGAAGAUGAUGUAGUAGUGGGUUUCAAUGAUGUGGUAGAAAAUAUCAUUGAUCGCCUUACCAGAGGGAUGAGAGAGCGUGAUGUGAUUUCAAUUGUUGGCAUGCCUGGACUUGGCAAGACUACUCUUGCGAGAAAAGUGUUCAAUGAUGAAAAGAUUUCCAUUUACUAUGACAAAUGUGCAUGGUGUUAUGUUUCUGAAGUAUAUAAAAAGAAAGAGUUGCUCUUGGAGAUUUUAUCCCAAGUUCUCGAGAAUGUUGAUGAAGCGACUAAAAUGAAGGAUGAUGGGGAUUUAGCUGAACUGUUGUAUAGAAAGUUAAAGAGGAAGAGGUACCUAAUUGUUGUAGAUGAUCUUUGGGAUAUCAAGGCUUGGGAUGACUUGCAGAGGUCAUUUCCAGAUGAUGAUAAUGGUAGUAGAAUAAUGAUCACAACUCGACUGCAAGAUUUGGCUUCACAAGUUGAAUCUGAUAUGAAGCCUGACAAUCAUCCCACUCCUCUUCGGUUUUUCACUGUCGAAGAAAGUUGGGAGUUAUUACAAAAGAAGGUUUUUGCAACAGAUUGCUGCCCCGGAAAUCUAAAGGAAACUGGAAUGCGAAUUGCAGAAUGUUGUCAAGGACUUCCUCUUGCUGUUACAUUGGUAGCUGGGAUUUUGGCUAGGACAGAAAAGAAAGAAUCUUGGUGGAAGGAAGUCGCGGAGAGCAUAAGUUCAUAUAUUGUUGAUGAUCCCAAUCAGUGCACAGUCAUUUUGGAGUUGAGUUAUAAGCAUUUGCCUGAUCAUUUAAAACCGUGCUUCCUUUAUUUUGGUAAAUUUCUAAAGCAUCCUCACAUUCCUGUCCAGAAAUUGGUAUGGUUGUGGAUUGCAGAAGAGUUUGUUCCACAAAUAGAUGGCAAGUGCUUUGAGGAUGUUGCAGAGGACUACUUAAUGGAUUUGAUAGGAAGAAGCCUGGUAAUGGUUACUAAAAAGAGAUCGAAUGGCUCUGUUAAACUCUGCCAUGUUCAUGAUCUGUUUCUUGAAUAUUGCAAGAGAAAAGCUGAAGAAGAGAACUUUUUUGAGCUUAUAUAUAAGAAGGAAAAACACACUCUCCGUGAUGAUUUAGACGAUAUUUUGGAGUCAACAUACUCUCUAUCUCCUGAAGAACUGUAUAGCAGACAUACUCAACGUCGGCUAUGCAUCUAUUCACAAAGGGAGAGUUUUUUUGUCAAGUCUAGGCCAUCAGGACCGCAGGUUCGUUCUUUGUUGUUCUUCAGCAUUAAUGACAACUCCUUGACAAAUCCAUAUGAUAUCUCUCCUAUAUGUCUCGGUUUUAGAUUACUUAGGGUGUUGGAUUUGGGAUGCAUUAAUGUUGGAAAUUCAUUUCCUCAAGAUAUCGAGCUAAUGGUCCAACUAAGGUACCUAGCUCUUCAGGGUACCAUGAGUUUUAUCCCGCCAACAAUAUUUAAACUCUUGUACCUAGAAACUUUUCUUCUGAAAGCCUUGAGAGGUGAAAUUUGUUUGCCAUACACUGUUUGGACCCUUUCAAGACUGAGACAUCUUCAUGUCGAUGCACGUGCUGUUUUUGGCUGGGAUGGAUAUGAUGGAUGGAACUUGAUCCGACUAGAAAACCUGCAAACCAUUUCCACUCCGUCCCUUAUCUAUGACAAAGAUCAUGUCAUGGAUCCUAAUGAAGUAAUGAGAAGGUUACCCAAUCUUAGAAAAUUGAAAUGCAUAUCAAUGGACUCGGAGGACUGCUAUCACUUUCCAACACUGGAGUUUAUGACUCAACUUGAAUCACUCAAGAUAUUACACUAUGGCCAGUCGCUCUCUUCUUGUAAGUUCAACUUGCCAUCAAAUCUCAAAAGACUGACAUUGUCAAAGUUUCGGCUACCAUGGAGUGAAAUUUCAAGAAUUGGUAGCUUACCAUACCUUGAGGUCCUCAAACUUCUUUGCAGAGCCUUUGAUGGCGCGCAAUGGGACAUGAGAGACGGAGAGUUCCUGAAACUAAAAUUCUUGAAGUUAGAUUCUUUGAACAUUGAACAAUGGAACAUCUCCUCUGAUUGCUUACCUUCCCUUGAGCAUCUUGUUCUGCAAAGUUGUAAGAAAUUUAAGGAGUUCCCUUCAUGCUUAGGUGAUGUUUCAACGCUACAGAGUGUUGAGCUACAUUGGUGCAGCCGUUCAUCUGUGAACUCGAUUAUCUCAAUUCAGGAAGAGGUACUUGAGUAUACUGGAGAUGAGGGGUUCAAGGUUCAUGUAUACCCUCGAGAAUUCGAUUCCAGAUCAUCUCCUAAGGGCCAUAGUGACUAAGUGACAACUGACAAGUCAAGCUAAUUGGAUUUGCGACGAGAAGUCUCAUUUUGGAUAGAAAAAUGCUUCCUCCCUAUCAACAUAACUCUACAUUUAGUGCUUGAAUUCGAGACUCCUAAUUAAGAAUGGAUAUCGAAUUUGUGCGUAAAAUUUCCACUUAUGAAGAUGAAAUGCUUCCUAGUAAAAACAACUCUGCAUUCGAGGCUCGAAUUCGAAACCUACAGUGAUAGUCUGUUAUAAAAUAAUUAUCAAACUGUUGUGUAGGAAAACUAUUUUGGAAGUUCAAUUUUAGAGACACUUGUGUAUCCCAACUGAGAAUAAAUUUAAUUUCUGUUC